AUGCAAACGCUCGACCACACGGCCUACCCCGACAUCCUCGACCGCAUAAUCGACCUCUCGCCGCCUGAGGCCCUAGCAUCACUGCGGCUGGCAUCCCGAUACUGCCGCGACCGCGCCACCGCAGCACUGCUCUCGCACGCGGUCCUCGAGCCGCGCUGGCUCGAAGCGGCCGUUCCGCCAUGGCACUCGGAUGACGCCAGCUCGUGGCCGUACCUCUUCUCUCUGAAGGGCAGGUGGCUGCCGUACCUCCCGCACCUGGUACGCACGCUCGACGUCCGCAGCGACAACCACCCCAGCGAAGAGCUGUCGGGCGAGUUCACUUCCCUCGACACACUCAGGCGCAUGCGGGGCGCAUACGCUGACCCGUACGAUGACUUCGGCGAUCCCAGGGGCUUCACCUACCCGCCGUUCUUCCAGCCCUCCGCAGCGACAGUCGUAGACUUUGUCGAGGCACCAUUCGGCUAUACGCCCGGUCUCGACAUCGCAGUCCACGCGAGCGAGAGAUACAUCUUGCACGUCGAUCUCAUCCGCACCGACGAGGAAUCGCAUGGUCUCAGCAUCCGGAAUGCCCUGCAGACGCCGAACUUCACUCUGGUGCUUUGGGCUCGGGACCGCGAGCCCCUCGAGUUCCCCCGCUACAUACUGUUCGAGGCGCUCUUCCACUUCACGCGCGAUCUGGACGCGGAGACGCCGCUGUGCUUCACGGUCGUCGGCCUGGAGGACAUGCUUCCCGAGCCCAACUCAAAGUAUGUUUGGGGCCGCGGCGAGAACACCCAAGAGUCGCUAUGGGACGGGUUGAUGGCUUUCCUCGCCGAUGAGUGUGGCCACUGUACCCCGCGCGCUGCAUUCUGGGACGACCCCGUACUUGCGGAGGAGGUAGGGCGGGGGUUCAGAGUGCUUUCACGCGAGCAGUGGUGGGAGGAGCUGGGGGAUAGGAGGGAGCUCGUGGGUGUGUGGCCGCCCGAGGCGAGUGCUGGACCGUAG